AGGAGUUGUCUAGUAGAGCGCGGUCCCUAAUUGGGUCUGCGUAGCUCAAAAAACGAGCAUUAAAUAUAUGGAGUCAUGUACUGGACAAAAGUCACGCUAUAGAGUGUCGUGUUGCGUAGUAGAGUGUCGAGGUGCAAUAUAGAUCCCAAGGUCGCGAGGCGUAGUAUAGGUGGACGCGAGGCGAAAUAGAGAGUCGCGAGGCGUAAUAGUGAGACGCGUAUGUAAUAAUAGAGAGAUGCGAGGCGUAAUAGAAGGACGCGAUGCGUAACAGAAGGACGCGUUGCGUGAUGGAAAGACGCGCAAACAAGGGCGACGCGGCGUGUAGGAAGAGGGGACGCGUACUUUCGCGCCAUUUGCCUUGGUUACCCGUGAAUAAAUUUCGAAUUUUUUCAAUUGACUGGCAAAUUAAUCAAGACAAAACACGAAAGAAAAAGUAAGUUUUUGUAGCAGCUGGGCUGACCGUUCUCUCUGAUUUUUUCUCUCCUGUUUUUUUAAUUUCUGCUGUAUUAUAGUUAUAUUCUGAUAAAUUGUGAGAAGUUGCUAAUUCAUAAGUAUGUGUAGUAGUGAAGGGAAGCAAUGUAGGGCAACGACGACAUUUGUCAACACAGGUAUAGCUGGCACCCCCCCCCCUCCUCAUAUAUAUUUUCUCAUUAAAAUUUGUAAUGGGCUAGCUAUACUAUUGCUAUAAAUAAUGGAUUAUAUUAUUUGCCCUAGCAACUUUUACUUCCUUUUUUCCUUCCCUUGUAUACACCACCAAUCAACCCCCCUCCCCCUGCAACGAGGAGGGUGCCGAUAAGCCGAAAAAUGUUAUUACACUGCUUGCAUGCUAUUCUGUUAUAAGCAAUGUGCUGUUUUUGUAUUAAUAUUGUGUUUUGUAUCACCAUGUGAUUACAAUGUUUUGAUAGGUAAACAGGGCAGCUUAUAAAACAGAACGUAGGACUACGACUGGUAGUUAAAUGGAACUGUGCGGUGCAUAUGCAUGUGUACAACAACACUGUCAACAGGUGUAUUGUAAUGAUGGCAAAUUUCUCAAGUUUUGGUUUUCUUCAAGUGACACUGCACCCAUUUUCAAGAAUUUUAAAUAAUGCAGCAAAUAUGUACAAUGUUCUUAUUCGAUUUUCCUUUAAGGAUAUUCUUAAGACAUUUUUAAAUUUUUGUCUUACUAUCGUGAAUAUUUAUCGGCAUGGUUGUAAUUUUCAAAACUUUCAAGCUAAAUUGUAUGUGAUGUUUUAGGAAUUAAAAAUUGAUUCAGCAUGCAGAAAGUGAAAGACGCUAUAGACAGACUGAAUAAUGCAUUGGAUGGUCUGUCAUCAUCAACAACAAGUACUCAAAAUAAUCCAAAUCAGAACAUCUUCCAGAGUCCAAACUCACAUCCAAGUCCAAACUUACAUCCAAGUCCACAACAUCAGAGAAUUCUACAAGAUUUCAAUAAGCAAUUUCCAGCGUUGAAUGCUGGUGGUAGCCGAUAUCGCCCACAAGCAAAGAAACCACGUCUCUCUAAUAACUUCAUUAAGGACACAUGGACCCAUAAAUUCUGUGCACUGAGCUACAAAGAUACAUCAGUUUCACCUAAUACACGUGAAUUAAUGGAGCUAAACCAAGUUGGUCUCGGAAUUGAAAAAGUUGUUUUUCCUUCCAAAACUGGAACACAUGCUAUGCUUCUGGAAGAGUUAACAAAAGCUUAUCCAAAAUUAUCAUCACAGAGUGGUGGCAUUGAACUUCUGAGGGCUGAGAGUGGUGGAAUAAACCGACCAUUGGUGUUGAUACCACCAAGAAAAGAUGGUUAUUCUAUCAGCUAUUUAAAAAAUUUAGUACCCGGUCACGCUGUAAUAUACAUCAGACCAGUGCAGAGCGACUUACCAAUGGAGGAACCAACUAUGGAUUCAGGUAUUGAAGUUAACUGUGUACGAUGUAAUCAGAAAUAUCCGUUAAAUGAUUUAAGAUUCCAUCAAGCUUAUUGUCAACUUGAUGAUGACAUUUUUCCAGAGAUGAUAGACGAUGAAGCUGGGCCAUCGAAUGAAAAAGAAGUAGGAAGUACUUCUCCCCAUAUCGAUACUUUGUCGGCAAUGUUUCCUCGAAUCUCUAAAGCCACAAUUCAGGACAUUUUACGGAAUACCAAAUCUAUCGAUGUGGCAGCCAAUAUUUUGAGUGAGAAAAGUGCAAGUGAAAAUAUGUCUGACAUGCUGCAAAUUAAAUGUGUAGAUAAGGACAUGUCUUUAAAAGAAAUUCUCAAUCAAAUUACAUCUCUUGCUUCAGAAAAUGAUACAAUCACUUUGGAAAUUGAACGUGACAAUCUUUGGAUGGAAUCCUUGAGAUUUUACAAAAGGAACCUUGUGAAUUCUCAAGUUAUGACCAAAAAAUUGAUCAUUGAGUUUAAAGGAGAGGACGGCCUUGAUGGUGGGGCAAUGAAAACCGAAUAUUUCAACCUUUUGUUAGAAGAAGUUAAAAAUCGUCUAUUUGAAGGUGAAAAUAACAGUUUGUUGCCUGUGAAAGACAUCACAAAAGCUGUGCUUUUCAAAGUUGCUGGUAUGAUUAUCGUACAUUCAUUGAUUGCUGGUGUUGACACCGGCUUCCCAGUAUUAGCAAAACCAUACUUUUUACACAUGUGUGGUAGAGAUACCGACAGUUUGAUUGAAAGUUUGAAUAAAAGCCACAUACCAGCAAAUGCAACAACUGAAAAUUUGAUUGAAUUGAUUGAAUCACUUGAUCAAUGUAAAACAAAGGACGAUAUAGACAAACUGCUUUACAAGGACAAUCAGAAGCAAGAUGUGUUUAUUGAAAAAAGUGACAGUAUGACAUUGAGUAAAGUACUUGCCUUCUGUACUAGUCAUACAGUUGUUCCACUGGAUGGUAUGAAAAAUGAAAUCAGAGUGAAAUACAUGUCGGAUGAUGAAAAAAACAGUAUGUGCAAAUCCUCUGCAUGUUUAAAAAUAAUCUACCUACCUACAGUUCAUUCUGUAGAAAAGGCGUUUCACAAUAUGUUGGCAACAGCUUUAGCAUGUGAAUCAAAGGGAUUCGCAAAUCCAUGAUAAUUGUAAAUUUUUAGGGGCACUAACGAGUUUAUUUUUUUCCUUCAAGGUGAUCGAUUUUUAGCUUAUGUUGUCAUUGUUCUUAUUAUGUUGUCAUUGAGAAAAAAUGCCGAUUUUUUUUCUUUUUCUUCCAAAAUAUGCCUCACUUCUAUAAAACUGAUUUUUUUUCUGGUGGGGGGGAAUAUAAAAAUCCUGUCAGUCCUAUGCAAGAAUUCUUCCAGUGAUAUACAUACUUUUAAUGAUCAGAUUGAUUAUGAUUAGUCUCGAAUUUAUGACUGACUUGUACGCUCCUUGAAGUCUAUAUAUACUGCACAUGCAUUUAUAAGUUCGUCUUUUUGUUGUUCUAUUUUGUUUGUUUUCUAACUUUUAUAUGGAAAAGAUGUAUGGUUAUAGUCGUGAUCAAGUUACGCAUUGCAUUAUCAUUCAGCUGUGCUAACCAAGAAGAUAUUUUUCUUUUCUUUUUAUUUCACAAGGGUUAUGUUUGUUAUUUUGUUCUUUAUGUGAAAAAAUGUUCUACUUAUAUACGGUCGACUCACUCAGAGAAAGUUAUUUAAAAACAGAACUGUUAUCGUUAAGUAACUUUUAAACAUAUUUCGAACAUUUUGGAGGGAAUUUCGUCUGGCAUUUUUAGGAUUUAUUGUAUGAUUAAACAAACAAGUGGUUUUGUUGACAUUUCGUGUACUUAUGCAGUACUUUUAUUUUUCAGAAUAUAACAUGAAUAUACAACAAUUGA